ACCCCCGCCGCCCGAUGGCGCCCCCAGCGGCCGGCCGCGGCGCCGCACAGGCAGCGGGACUCGCUGCGCAGAGUCAGUCCGCCGUAGCUGCGCCGACUGGAGGGAUGUGACCCCGGAACAGGACGCCCUCCUACAACAACACACCAUUCAAACAGAGCACAGAAGAAAGAAAAGCUGGACCAGGAGGGAGCCACAGGAGCAGGGGGGAUGAACCGUGAGGAGGCCCCGGGGAAGUCUCCUGAAGACAUGUACAUCCAACAGAAAGUGCGGGUCCUGCUUAUGCUAAAGAAAAUGGGAUCAAAUCUGACGCCGAGUGAAGAGGCUUUUCUGCGAAAUUAUGCAGGUGUGGUCCACAGUCAGAUGAGCCAGCUACCACAGCACAACAUAGACCAGGGCGCAGAGGAUGUGGUGAUGGCGUUCUCGCGGUCAGAGACAGAGGAUCGACGGCAGUGACCCCGGGCCCCACCGCGCCACCCCACUCCACUGUGUCCCAUCACUCCCCGCCCCGUCCUGCCCUCCAUUCGUCCCACAACGCAACACCGAUGAGCUCAGGAGAGGAGGGGCGCCCGGCAGGCACAGAGGAGGAGGGGAAGAGACACCAGGAGGUGGCUGCCUCGCUCUCCCCCAUCCUUUCCCAUCCUGACUCCUCCUCACACCAGCUGCCACAACAUUACCUGAGAUGCACUCAAGUGGGUUGAAGCCCGGGCACCAAGGCAUUCAGUGAAAACACUCAAAAUUGUGUCGAUGAGUAUCAAAUGUUGUUUUGUUUUUCUGUUGGGGAGCGUUGGUCGGGUUUGUUUCGUAUUAUCCUGUCUGUGUUGAGACUUUAGGCAGUGUUAGGCGUCAAGUCUGCUGCGGUCACGGGAGGAACUGACCAGUCAGCAGCCGAAGCAAAGAGAAAUAUAGUUUUGGUCAAGCAGUGAGUGUGAUGAUUAAAUGAGUUAGGAGAGAGAUUUUUAUUAUUUCUGCUUGUGUUACAAAUGCUCUGUUCUGAUCCUGUCACUCCAUGGGUCUCAUUUCUGGAUAUUUAGUGCGUAACGAGAAGAGUGUACAUGUCUUUCUGGAUGUGUGACUCUACAGUGCAGGGGUUUUAAGGACAACCAGUGUUACCUUAAGUUUUACCUAACAUCAAAUUUUGGCGUGUUUAUUACUUUCUAGCACCACAUAGUUCAACACAUGCGUGGUUAUCUGUAAGAAUUGAGCUCCCGUGACCUCUGACCCUUGUCACAAUUCGUUUUGUCAAACCAAAUGAUGCUUUCAUUUCAGAAUAAUUUGUCUGCCUGACCUUGUGGAGCUCACUGCUGCUAAAAUGCGCCGAUUCGCUCUAUCUCACUCAAGGUCUGGAACAUUAUGCACUGUGUAUCUUUUCUCUCCGUAAUUUCCAGCCCGGCUUCUCCCGUACAAACAGCAGAACGACAGGCUGAUUGAUGUGUGUGUUAACACUUGCAGCAGGCCUGUCAUUAAUCACUCAUGUUUAAUUACGCGAGUUAACAAGGCGGAAUAACAGGCCUCACAGUGCGAUCGAUGGAAUUUCUAACUAGAAAACUGCAUUGAGGUGUUUUAGAGCGUUCUCACUUUGUUUUAACUCGAUUUUUUGUUUUAUAAAUGAGGCUCCACUCGUCUUUCUGCUGCUUUAUUUUGAAUCAAAGGCUGUUGAGAGUGCUACAGUGCUUCUCUCGAGCGGAGCGCAUGGAAGACACUAGCGGACGUCAUCGCAUCAAACACAGGUGUACGCAUUCUCCCCAGACAAGUGCCAGUUUUGUUUUGGGUUAUUGUGACUUGUAAAACAUUUUUUAUUGUACAGAUACGUGGGAAAAUACAAUAAUGAAUUGAUUGUGCAAAUUGUAUUUUUUUUUUAUUUGUAAUAUAACAAUACAUAUUGAGACAAUUGAGCGACAAACUGUAGUUGUAAUUUAUUGUUUACUGAAUUUUCCUCCAACACAUCAUUGAAGAUAGAGAAGCAGUUGAUAGCAAAAACCUCACACCAGCCACCUUUUAAUAUCAUCAGCAGUGGCUUUUGUUCACACUAAAAAUCGUACAAACUCUAAUUUUUAACUACCUGUAACUAAACGCGUGGAGCCAAACGUAAGAGCUGUGUGCUAGUUCUGACUGCACUGUAUCUCUUGCACUAUUAUCAAUGAGAUAUUUGCAAAAAAUACAUUUAGAUUUUGAGCACAGAGGUUCUAGGUUUGGUUCAGUGGCGAAAUGAAAACUUUGUAAACCUGUUUUUAUCUUCAACUCGCAGUCGGUUGACUCAACUGGAUUAGCUCAAAUUAAUAUUUGUUAGCAGACGUGUUUUCUAGUGACAUGCUCAAUAUUUAAUGUGUUUUAACUCGUAUAACUUAAAAUAAUUGUGUUUUGAAGCCAAGCAUGUUUUUGAGUUUCAGAUCUUUGACCAUGGUUUGUACAUUCUUGACGUUUGUGGAAGCUACUAGGUCUUUUGAAGAAACAUCAUUUUUGUAUGGGUAAGUUUAUAUCUGUAAAUGUUGUUGGCAAUAAUUUGAAUGUCCUCAGCAAAUAUCGCAAUGUAACAGCCAACAGCCCGCUCAUGAUAAGAAGCUUCGUUUUAUGUUUACUCCUCUUUCACAACAUUCUUUAUUUUGCCUAUGCAUUGUGUUUUUUCCUGUGUGUCUUACUGUACAUUUACCGAUCAAGGUAUAAAAGCCUCUGUUCAAGUUGUGAAUGACUGCGUGUGAUCACUGAAUUUGUUAGCGGUUGGAUUUUCAGCAUGUUAAGUUUGAGUAGGCUCGAUGUGUGUUUUUACUGUGAUGAGCUGACGUUUUCUCUCUCUGUUGCUUUUUUAAAUUUUAUUUUCCUCUCGGUUGACAAUACCUAGUUUUGUAUGGCUGCUGACCAUGUCUUGACUUAAUGCUUCCAAAUCCUAUACCAACUGAACCAUUAAAGAAAAUUUACACAGUGAGAAA